CAUGCAGGACAGCGAGAGGUUUCCUGGGCAGCAGAGGCCGCUGGGCUGGCGAUGAAAGAAGCAGGGCAGAUGCAAAAUCUGGAGAGCGAGGGGGCCGGACGGUCAGUCAGCACCCAGACUGGCAGCAUGACCGGUGAAAUACCAAGGCUUUCUAAAGUCAACCUUUUCACUCUGCUCAGUCUCUGGAUGGAGCUCUUCCCAUCAGUCAAAAGUCAAAGACAAAAGUCUCAGGAAAGGGAGGAAGGAAAGCAUGGACCCUUAGGAGAUAAUGAAGAGACGGCCAGAGUAUCUACUGACAAAAAACAGGUGAAGAGAACUGGUCUUGUGGUGGUGAAAAACAUGAAAAUUGUUGGUCUCCACUGUUCAAGUGAAGAUUUACAUGCUGGGAAAAUCGCUCUGAUAAAACAUGGGUCAAGGUUGAAAAACUGUGAUCUUUAUUUUUCCAGAAAACCAUGUUCUGCUUGUUUGAAAAUGAUUGUAAAUGCUGGAGUUAACCGAAUUUCAUAUUGGCCUGCUGAUCCAGAAAUAAGCUUGCUUACUGAGGCUUCUAGUUCUGAAGAUGCAAAGUUAGAUGCCAAAGCAGUGGAAAGAUUGAAGUCAAACAGUCGGGCCCAUGUGUGUGUCUUACUUCAGCCUUUGGUGUGUUACAUGGUGCAGUUUGUAGAGGAGACCUCUUACAAAUGUGACUUUAUUCAAAAAAUUUCAAAAACAUUGCCGGACACUACCAUUGACUUUUAUUCUGAAUGUAAACAAGAAAGAAUAAAAGAAUAUGAAAUGAUAUUUUUGGUUUCCGGAGAAGAAAUGCAUAAGCAAAUACUGAUGACUAUAGGUUUGGAGAACCUGUGUGAAAAUCCGUACUUUAGCAAUCUAAGACAGAACAUGAAAGACCUUAUCCUACUUUUGGCCACAGUAGCUUCCAGUGUGCCCAACUUUAAACACUACGGAUUUUAUUGUAGCAAUACCGAACAGAUUAAUGAAAUUCACAAUCAGAGUUUGCCGCAAGAAAUUGCAAGGCACUGCAUGGUUCAGGCAAGGUUAUUGGCAUAUCGAACUGAGGAUCAUAAAACAGGAGUUGGAGCAGUCAUCUGGGCAGAAGGAAAAUCUAGAAAUUGUGAUGGAACAGGAGCAAUGUACUUCAUAGGAUGUGGUUAUAAUGCUUUUCCUGUUGGAUCUGAGUAUGCUGACUUCCCGCACAUGGAUGACAAACAGAAAGACAGAGAAAUAAGGAAAUUCAGAUACAUUGUACACGCAGAACAGAAUGCCUUGACAUUUAGGUGUCAAGAGAUAAAACCAGAAGAAAGAAGUAUGAUUUUUGUGACAAAGUGCCCAUGUGAUGAAUGUGUACCUUUAAUUAAAGGUGCGGGCAUAAAACAAAUCUAUGCAGGGGAUGUAGAUGUUGGAAAAAAGAAGGCAGACAUCUCUUACAUGAGAUUUGGGGAACUUGAAGGCGUUAGCAAAUUUACAUGGCAAAUGAAUCCAUCAAGAACUUGUGUUCUUGAGCAAAAUGAGCCUGAAAGCAGAGAAAAUGGUGUGUUGGGACCCAUACCCCGGGAUGAAGAACAGCACCAAAACAAGAAGCUGCGUCUUGCAAACCACUAAGAAGUCUUGUGUAAACUAGGGUGAAGGCCUCAAGAAUUUUUAUUGCACUUUUAAAAUCCAGCCUUCUUAACUCAGAAAAUAAGAAUGGAUUUUGGAUAUAAUUGAAAAAAAUUUUUAAAGAAAGCUAAUUUAUUACUAGCAUAUGAAUGAUAUUAAUGAGAAUAUUUUUAUUUUAGAUUUGUGUGUUUUCCAGAGUAUAGUGGUGUGUUUUUUUAUUACACUGAAUGAGGUAUCAAUAAUUUAAUGAGACCCAGUUCAAUCGGCCAUACAGAUUGAUUUCUCCUUGUCUUAGCUUUACAUUAACCAGUUUGAAAGGGGCUGGUUUAUUGGAUCACACAUCUCAGCAAAGAAUUACAUAUCUUUUCAGAAAUAUUAAUUUUAAAAAAUAAAUUUAUUUAUUUAUUAUUUUUGGCUGCAUUCGGUCUUCGUUGCUGCACGCGGGAUCUCUCUAGUUGCGGCGAGCGGGGGCUACUUUUCGUUGCGGUGCGCGGGCUUCUCAUUGCGGUGGCUUCUCUUGUUGUGGAGCAGGGGCUCUAGGCAUGCGGGCUUCGGUACUUGUGGCUCGCAGGCUCUAGAGCGAAGGCUCAGUAGUUGUGGCACACAGGCUUAGUUGCUCCGCGGCAUGUGGGAUCUUCCCCAUCCAGGGCUUGAACCCAUGUCCCCUGCAUUGGCAGGCGGAUUCUUAACCACUGCGCUACUAGGGAAGCCCAGAAGUAUUAAUUCUUUUGGAUUAUGAAGGUGAUAAUUAGUAAACUACUCCAGGAAAAUAAACGGCAGCCUGGCUAUUUUUAAGUCAGUGUGUGGCUCACAAAAAGUUCCCAUUUAUACUCAAAGCUUUCUAAUAAUCAGAAUUUACUUAAUUAGGAUUGAGUCAUAAAAAUGAAGUUGGUGGACCUGGUCUCCAUUAUAAAAGUACAUUCCUAACACGGUUAUUAAUUUUUCUUCAGUCUUUCGAUAUGUAGAAAUCACGAUCAUUUGUUGGACUAGGGUGUUUUUAUAUCACUGAUUUUGGGUAGCAAAAGGAAGAGAAUAUAAUUCUGAGACAGUAUCACUAUUUGGUAUCACUGACUCUUUAAACCACUAACAACAAACUUCAAAUUUGGUUAUGAUGUUAACAGAGAAGAAAUAUUUUAGUCUGGAACACCGAAACUAGCCUUUUUCAAGUUCCAUUCAUAAAUGCUGCCCAUUAUUCCCUUCAUAUAAUUAGCACAGAAUGUCUCAUGGCUUUGAAUGGAAAGCCUUAUAAAAACACUUGCAAACCUUAAGAAUACUGACAGUCUUGAAAGUAAACGUUAUGGUCAGUUCAGUUAUUUUCCAAAUUGCUCUUCGUGAGUCCUCUCAUUUUUAUUUGCUGAGAAACUUUCAGAAAAUUAGCCCGAGUCAGAGAGGGAUUUGCAUGGCCUGUGGCCUGCAGGCCUGGGGUGUGACAUGCUGAGGAAUGACUGCCCUGGUUAUAUGUGGGGAAUCAGGUUCGCCUCUGCUGUUGCCCCCUUUCCAGGGCAUCACAUAUCAUCACAAGGCCUCCUAUCAGUUUCUCAGAAUUUUACACAGGACAGUCCACAUGUUGACCGAUGUCCCUGCUUGGACAGCAGCAUGCUUAGGUCCUCCGGGGGUUUAGUCAUCAUACCUGGCAGUUGAGAACUGCUGUAAACAUUUCACCACAGAUGUAGGACAUGGAAUAGAGAGGGAUGGGAGUAAAGAUGCCUGUAGAGGUAACUAAGGCUAAUUUGAAAACCAGUGGUUAAGCUAUUCUUUAACAUUUAUCGAUAUUAAAUAUUGAGAUUUGCUUACAUUAUGCUUAAGUUCAUCUUAUAUGAUGUGUUGUUUUCAACUGAUGUCAGCUACAUUAACUAUUUUGUAAAUCAAUGAGCAAAUGUUUUGCCAGUUUUGUGGAUUUAUGUGUUGGACAUAGUGGGGAAUAUCAGAAGGGAGAAACAUACAAAUGGGAAGAGCUAUGAUUAGGAAAUGGAAAACUGGUUAUUUCUGUAGCACUAUUAAAAUGGUCAUGAUAAUGCCAUAUUUUCUUCUGUACAACUGGCUGGAUUUCAACAUUUAUUGAGAGUUUACCAUGUAGUACCAGAAGGAAAGCUCUUUGAGUGUAGGGAUGUGUGUAUGUGUGUGUGUAUGUAUGUGUGUGUGUGUGUGUGUGUGUGUGUGCGCGCGCGCACGCACGUGUGUAUUUAAACUGCUGAAUCCAGUACCUACAACAGUGUCUGGCACAUAACAGGCAUUCAAUAAAUAUUUGUUGAUUGACUGAAUGACUGCUAGACUCUGGCUAGACCCUGUAGAUGAGAUGUGUAAGAAAUGCGUCCUGACCUCAAGAAGCUCACAGUCUAGCGGAAGUUGCAGGCAUGAAAUCUAGCAAUAGAGUGAUUCUCAGAAGGGGGUCCCUGGACCAGCAGCAUUAGCCUCACCUGGGGACUCAUUAGAAGUGCAAGUUCUCAGGCCCACCCAAAUCUACUGAGUCAGAAACUCUGGGGGCGGGGCCCAGCAUUCCCUCCAGGUGAUUCUGAUGACCCUCAAGGUUGAGAACCGCCCUGUGGAUGUAACUGUAGGAACAGUGGUGGCACAAAAGAGGACAAGCAUACACUCUGGUGAGUCAUGGAGAAAGGGUCUUGUAGAAGUGGAGGUCCUGAAGGGGCUACAGGGUGUUGCCAGGCAAACAGUGGGGGUGAGAUGAACUUCUGGGAGAAAGUAAUGGAGAUAGAUGGUCACACUGGGAAGCAGGAAAGGGAAGUGUCAGGGACUCGCACAAAGAUUGCUGAGCUGUACCAAGAACGCCCUGGGGUAGCCCCCUGCCUAAAAUCUAGGAAUUCACAGUCAAGAGGGUUCAUCCCUUAGCGUGAGAAAUCAAAAUUUGCACUUAAAAAUACAUCAUCCUUAAUUUCAAAGAUGGGGAGGAUAAUAGUGAAUUCAUAAUUUGAAAAAAAGAGCUCUGCAUUUGUUUACUGCCAAGUGACAAUAUAAUAUGCCACCUGGAGGCGGGGUGAGUGUGGGCCUGGCUCGCCACCCAGCUGUCAGGUAGAGUGCAUGCAGGUUUACAUGUACUGUUUCAUUGCAUCACUGCCAAAGCUUUUUCUUUUAUUCAGCUUUUCUAUGGGUUUCUCUUCCUCAGUUACUUAUUGAGUUUGAGAAUAUACCUUCUCUCAUAAAUCUUCCUCGUUUUAUACGUGAACAGUUCAGCUUUAAGAUCUGCCACAACAAUCUGCUUUUGACCCACUUUAGAGCAAUUUUUUGAAGUUCUGGUAUUGCCAAUAGUGGCCACUUGGCAUUUAGCUGAGGCUAUUACUGUUGCUUUUUAGGAUUAAGCAACAGUUUAGAACCUUCAUUUCAUGUGUAAUAUUCUUCAGGGUUUUUUCUUUUUUU